AUGUGGGUGUGUUCAUAUGAGGGCAAAAGCCCGCAGAGGCCACAGGCAUCAGACCCACUGGAGCUGGAGUUACAGAUAGUUGUGAAACACCAGAGACUGGCCCACCAGCUCAGACCAUCCUCCCUGGAGCAGCUCUUCCUCAAACACCAUGCCAUCUCUGUUACUGAGGACAGUGAUUCGGUGACAACGCAUGAGCAGCAGAGCCACGGGAUGAGGCCCCAGACAGCUGCCCUGAGGAACAGCAGCACAGUGACAGAGUUCGUCCUCGUGGGCUUUGAGCAGAGCUCCCCUUCCACACGGGCAUUGCUCUUCACCCUCUUCUUGGCUCUCUACAGCCUCGCCAUGGCCAUGAAUGGCCUCAUCAUCUUCAUCACCUGGACUGACCCCAGACUCAACAGCCCCAUGUACUUCUUCCUUGGACACCUGUCCUUCCUGGACAUCUGCUUCAUCACCACCACCAUCCCACAGAUGUUGAUCCAUCUGGUGACCAAGAACCACACUGUCUCCUUUGUCUCUUGUAUGACCCAGAUGUACUUGGUCUUUCUAGUGGGUGUGGCCGAGUGCAUCCUCUUGGCUUUCAUGGCCUAUGAUCGUUAUGUUGCAAUCUGCCACCCACUGAACUAUGCCCAGAUCGUAAGUCGGCAGAUGUGUGUCAGGCUGGUGCUAACUUCCUGGAUCUUUGGGAUGGUCAAUGGCAUCUUUCUUGAGUAUAUAUCAUUCCGGAAUCCCUUCUGCAAAGGCAACCACAUAGAAAACUUCUUCUGUGAGGCCCCCAUAGUGAUUUCUCUCUCCUGUGGGGACCCUCAGUUCAGCAUGAAGUUGAUCUUCAUUGAUGCCUUUGUAGUGCUUUUCAGCCCCAUGGUGCUCAUCGUCACCUCCUAUGCCCGCAUCCUGGCCUCCAUCCUUAGCAGAGCCUCCUCCUCAGGUAGGGGGAAGACAUUCUCCACUUGUGCCUCCCACCUGACUGUGGUCAUCUUUUUAUACACCUCAGCCAUGUUCUCUUACAUGAAUCCCCGCAGUACACAUGGGCCUGACAAAGACAAGCCUUUCUCCCUCCUCUACACCAUCAUUAUCCCCAUGUGCAACCCCAUCAUCUACAGUUUCCGCAACAAGGAAAUGAAGGGGGCCAUGGGGAGGGCCCUUGGGAGAGGCAACCUGGUUUAGGCUGCACCUGCUUAGAAGGAAGCCUUCUGAAG